UCGCAACGCUUCCCGCCUUGUCUGGGGUGCGUGCCUUAUUGCGGCUGACGGGAGCCUGAGGGCCCACGAACCAGGCGCCGACUAGCGUCGAGGGUAUCCCGCCGUGACUCGAAUGCUCAGUCCAGUCGACCUCGAUUGCCAGCCCGAGUAAUCGUCGCAUUUGGUCUCUCGACAGACCCCGCUACGUCGCACACCAAGCCGCCAUCGCAAUUCCACAUCCCUUACAGCAGCCUCCGAUUGACAUCCUGCUUUGACAGGGCCCACGAGAUUGCACCCCCCGCCAUCGCGGAUCGGUCCCCACCGCGGGUUUGCGAAUGGAGAGCUAGUUAUGGCCCAUGCUCCCCUUCUUCGAACGAACACCGCCCCUAGCUUCCAAGCUUCCAUGGACGGUGUCUCCAGAACAAAUACCAUGAGCAGCAUGUCGAGCGCGCCGCGCGUGAGCAAGCUGUCGGGCUCUGCGACCUUCCCGUCGACAGCCUCGUUAAACUCCUUGUCUAGCUCGUCCACUCUCGUUGCGCAACCGAGUGGGACGACAAAUGGCCCGGUCGUGGCUACCAGCAACAUCAUAAACCAGAAAGCCGACGCAUCCCGAUCCUUGUAUCAAAUAUGCGUAUCUUUGAAGCAGAGACUGUCCAAAGUGCCCGGCUUCGAGAAACGUAUGGAGCGGUUAGAGCAAAUGGCGGACGAUCCGGACGAGGGCGGGCCCGUUGAGUCGUUGUGGAAGCUGCUGCGAACCGGGUAUCCGCUCUUGGACAUCUACAACGUCCUGAAGCAAGACCAGCCCCCCCUCGUAGCGGACGAGAAGCCGGGAGAUUCGGAAGCCAAGAAGUCAAAGAUUGCCAUCUUGACCUUUGUGAGGGCCUGCUUGAAAGAGCUUGAGCUGCCGGCCGAGGAGUGCUUCAUAAUCAACGACCUCACGGGCACCGAUACAACGGGGUUUGUCAAGGUAACCGCCGUCAUCAACUAUGUUCUUGAUCUCGCUGAACAACGGGGAUUGCUACUUCAAAACCAACCAUAUCCCGAGGAUGACUCCAUGCAACCAACAUCCCAGAUGAGCUAUCGAGACUAUGUCGUUCGCGAACUGGUGGAUACGGAGCGCAAAUACGUCCAGGACCUUGAGAAUUUGCACGACCUGAAGAAAACACUGGAGCAGAGGGGUGUCAUACCCGGCGAUGUCGUCCAUGAUAUCUUCCUCAAUAUCAACGCGAUCCUAGACUUCCAGCGCAGAUUCCUCAUCAGGGUAGAAACAACAAACUCGAUGCCACAGGCAAGACAGGAAUGGGGAAGUCCGUUUGUUACAUACGAGGAGUCCUUCAAUAUCUACCAGCCUUUUAUCGCCAACCAGCGGAAGUCUGCCAAACUAGCAGGCGCCGUAUUCGACAAGAUCAUGUCUGCCGAGCACCCGGUUGCGUGCGAUUUUAACACGCUAGACGGCUUUCUUCUCAAGCCAAUGCAGCGGCUUGUCAAGUACCCGCUUCUCCUCAAGGAUCUGCUGAAGAAGAGCGAGGACGAGGCCACCAAGACGGAUCUAUCGGCGGGCAUUGCUGCAGCCGAGCGGGUUUUGCAGAAAGCCAACGAGGCUGUUGGCCGCGAUCUACUGGAUGAAGCCCUUGAGGAUUUAAUAACAAGAGUGGAUGACUGGAAGAACCACAGGGUAGACCAGUUUGGGAAGCUGUUACUCCAUGGAGUCUAUACAGUUAUCACUGGCAAAAGUGACCAGGAGAAGGACUACGAGAUUUACCUCUUUGAGUGCAUACUCCUAUGUUGCAAGGAGAUUGCACCCACCAAGAGCAAGGACAAAAAGGACAAGACGCGGUCAACCGGCCCCAAGGUGCGCAACAAGAAUGCCAAAUUACAACUAAAGGGCCGCAUCUUCAUGACCAACGUCACGGAUGUGGUUGCCAUUUCGAAGACCGGCUCGUAUACGGUGCAAAUCUGGUGGAAAGGUGACCCCGGAGUUGAGAAUUUCAUGAUCAAAUUCCAAAAUGAGGACAUGAUGAAGAGGUGGGCAGCGGGUCUAGAUCAGCAGCGCAAGGAGAAUGCGCCACCAACCCAGCCGAGCCCGGAUCAGCCACCACCAAAUUUUGCUUGGAUUGCCUCGCAGAGCAGCGGGUUGGAAAACCCGUAUGCAAAGCAGCAGGAGGAUGACGAUGACGAAGACGAACAGUUUGGCACACCGACGCCUUCUCAGUAUGGCGGCGCCACACCCCAAUCGUUGCCGGGCACAAUGCAGCGGAAUGGCUCGAGCACAAGCUUGCGCCAACGAUCAACAACGGGGGAUAGUGCUCAGUCUGUCCCCGGCCUUAACCGUGUUCCUCCACCACGUUUUCCCCUCCCGCAACCUCCAGCCGCACUUAGUGUUCAGACGCAGAUUGGAGGGAUGAAUCAACCGAUGCCAACGCCUCGUGGCGGCGAGUCGUACUUCUCGCCUGUGGCGGAGUCGCCGGCAUCAAGUCGGACGAGCACAACAAGUGGUAUCUUCGCCUCUGGUUCAGGCUACCAAUUCCCCAAGUCGGGCACUCCCCAGCCAAACUGGGGACCAGAAGACAACAAUCGCUACACAGCUCCGGCCAUGCCACGUGCACCUUCGAGGGACGGACCAUCGCCUGUUAAUGCCUACGGGAUGGUGAGCUCGAACGGGCGCAACCCUCGGGGGCCCUCAAUGCCAGUCUUGUCUCGGGAAUCCGCCCAGCUGCAGCAGCAACGUAUUCGAAGUUAUAGCACACCGGAUAUCAAUGGGCAGGUGAAUGGGCGCAGUAAUAGUCAAGGUGUUCCUGCGGUGCCGGGCAUCCCUGCGCACCUGCACCCAACUCACCAUCGGCAUGACUCUAAUAUCCCGAGAAGCAACGCUGGUAGUCCCGCAAACGAUUUACCGUUGCGGACAAACACAAGUUCCCCCAGCACUCAGCGCGCAAGACAGUACGGGGGCACCAUGGCCCAGUUCCCGGCUCAACCCAUAUAUCCGCGUCAGGGGACACCUAACGGUGGGGCGAGCCUGCCGCCGCCGGGUCCGCCGCCGCCCGGCUUGGCACCGCUUGCGCCUAUUGAUACGACACGGGCCAUUUCCCAAGGUCCUGGAACAGCACCCAUGUCGGGCCAGAUCCAACUUGUCCCCCCUACCCCUGAUAUCCCGCUGCCGACGCAGCUGAAGGUGAAGGUGAACUGUGAUAACAAUAAUUAUGUGACCCUUGUCGUUCAGUUCAAUAUCACGUAUCAGAGUCUCAUCGAUCGCAUUGAUGCGAAGCUGGCGCGGUUUACCAACAGUAGUAUUGGAAAGGGAAACCUCCGGCUUCGGUAUCGUGACGAGGACGGCGAUUUUGUGACAAUCGAGAGCGAUGACGACAUCCUAAUUGCGAUUUCGGAGUGGCGCGAGACCAACCGUGGAGAGAUCGAGCUCUUCUGCACCGGGGCAAUGAACUGAAUGUUCCCUUCCGGGUGGCAUGUUCGAGUUGUGGAGCACCGAAAUGGUGGAUUCCAUAUUCCGCACCGAAGGCGCUCGAAAGAACAGCAGUGCACACACAGCUUGCACUCGUCGACAUUACUCCAUCAUUCCCUUCACCUCAACGCGCCUCAUUUUGCGUCAACUUAUCUGUUUUGAAUCACUCUGCAUGGAGUCCAUGGAGCCCUUUUUUGUCCUUUUCAUCCGCGGAAAGCUGAGCAAGCAACAUGCAACAAAGCAUCACACCUACUCGAUACAUCAUUGUCUGGACACUCCUAAAUUUUCUAGUAUCUCUUUCUCUCUCUCAUGCCGGGGAUUUUGAUGGACUCGCAUAGAGGACGGAGUAAAAAAUCCAUUGUUUUCAGAUAACCCUUUUACACCAAAACAAGGGAGGGGCGGGACCAAAUACUCACAUCACACAUCAGACCUUCCCUCGCAGGUUUUUUUGUUUCUUCUAUAGAUGGUGGAAA